AUGAGAUUUGAUCAAAUUGUGAAAAUGCUGAUAGAAACUUCUCCUUCCUGGCUUAAUAAACCACCGAAACCUGGAGCGUUAUUUGUUGCUGCAGAACGAGGCAACACCAGGUUUAUAGCUGAGUUGCUUCGAACCUAUCAUCAUCAGCUUAUGAUUAGCACAAAUGAUGAUGGGCUCACUAUAUUUCAUGUAGCUGUUAUGCACCGUCAGCAAGGUGUCUACAACCUAUUGUACGAGAUAGCUGGCAGCACCAAGGACUUUAUAUGCGAAAUGCAGGACAAUUCAGAUGGUAACACUAUGCUUCAUUUAGUUGGGAAGACUUCGAAGCAGAUGGCAACUAAGACGUAUGGUGCAUCUCUGCUAAUGCAACGAGAAUUAUUGUGGUUCCAGGAAGUUUACAAGAUGACGCCACCUUAUGUAAGGGAAAGAAAGAACAAUGCUGGUCAAACACCGUAUGAGUUAUUCUCUGAAGAAAACAAAGAUCUAGUUUCCAAAGGAUUGGAUUGGAUGAAAGACUGCAUGGUCGUUGCCACACUUAUUUUCACAGUUGCAUUUGCUGUAGCCUUUACAGUUCCCGGUGGCUACAACCAAGAUCAUGGGCUUCCUGUUUUCACUCAUGAGCGUACCUUCUUAGUCUUUGUUAUUGCAGAUGCCAUUUCUUUGUUCACUUCCUCAACUUCACUUUUGGUGUUUUUGACUAUCCUGACAUCUGGUCAUGGUCAACGUGAUUUCAUGUAUUCAUUACCCACAAAGCUUAUGAUAGGCAUACUAACACUUUUCAUCUCUGUAGCAACAAUGAUGGUGACGUUUAGUGCAAGUUUCUUUGUGCUAUACCACAAGGGGUUGAAAUGGGUACCAAUCCUUAUUGCUGUAUUUGCUACCGUCCCAGUCAUUGCGUUUGCAGCAUUGCAGUUUCCUCUUUUGGUGGAUAUGUUUCGCUCUAUGUAUGAUUCUCACUAUCUCUUUAACCCCAAGAAACGUAUUCUUUACCCCAAAAAACCAAGGGUACACACUAAAAAGUCUACUUAG